AUGGCCGAAGCACCAAGGGACGAAGUAAUCGAAAGAAUGAGGGCAGUCGUCGAGCGCAGGCGCCAGAGGGAACAAGAACGAAUCGCCCGAGCCCUCCAAGUUCCCGCAGAAGAAUAUAGGGAGCUUCCUCCCGUUCAAAAACCUGUAUCCGACGACGAGCUGCCCCUAGAAUCGACUUUCGACCUGGGCCAGUCAAAUGAGCGCUAUCACGGGAUUUUUGAAAGUGCAUCUACAAUGCAACUCGAAAUUCCCGUCAUGCCAAUGGCCGAACCGCUUCAAGGGAUGCCUACCAUUCCGUGGAUUAUUGAAGCACCACUAAACUCGGUUGAAGUUCUAGAAGCGAUACUAAAGCCGUCACAUCCCUUCAAGAUCUACACUGCCCGCCACGUCCAGCGUCGCUUCGAUCGAGCAUACGGCUCAAAGCGCUUGUAUUCCGAAUAUAUCCGUCUCCAAGGUCAGCUGGAGCGGAAUCGCGAGUCCGCCCGCCGUCCAAACCACCCGGCUCUAGACGUUAAUCUAUACGAUCAUUUACCGUACUUCGCUACGCCGCCACACGUCGAGUUCCCAGUUCCGUACUCGUACAGCCCGCAACACGGGAUCGCCAUACUACUCCUUCAACCGCCGGAGCAGCCCGUCGAAAUUCACCCGAUUCAGCCGCGACCCAGAACUCUAACGAGAACGCGAGCUCGCGCCCUCGUCAACACUCAUUUCCACAGACUCCUUUUCGCACUCGAGCCUCUCAAAGAGCUCCCCGGGCCGCCGCUUCAAGAAGCGAUCAUCCGGAGCGUCAAGGACCAGAAUCGGCGUUUCGAUCUUGCCAACCAAGCCCUCAAGCGCGUACUCUUCCACGACACGCAGGACAUUUACCUCCGACACGAUGCCAAAAACACACUCGUCAUUUAA